AUGGUAGUGACCACAAUUUACGUCGUUCGCCAUGCGAUCAGGGCCACUUACACUGUGGACCCUGAGACUGGCAAGUAUCACAGUCAAGUUCCCAUUCCUACAGGUCUAGAUGGAGAUGUGCCCCUGGCUGCAAAGGGAGUCGCCCAAGCCAAGGAAUUGGCAAUUGCCUUGACAUCACUACCGAUCUCUCGUUAUUACAGCUCUCCGUUCUACAGAUGUCUCCAAACCAUCGCUCCCUUCGCUACUUCCACAUCCCACAAUGUCCGUGUUGACCCCGGCAUCGGCGAAUGGUACGGUCGGGCCCGCUUCUCCCACCCCAUCCCCGCCUCGAUCUCUACUUUGAAACCCUUUUUCCCCUUCAUUGAUGACGAUUACCCACCUACCAUAAUCCCUUGUCACAAUGGCGAGACUGUGGAUGAAAUGCACGAUCGAGUUGCCUUUGCGUUAACGACAAUUUUAGCAAGGGAGGAUUUAGCGGCUGAAGCGGAAGACAGUGGCCAGGGGGGAAGGGCAAUCCUCAUUGCCACGCAUGCAGCAAGCAUGAUUGCAAUUGGACGAACUCUGACAGGGCGGAUGCCUGCUGAUGUAGCGGAGGAUGACUUCCAGACUUUCACGGCGGGAAUGAGCCGCUUUGUGAGGAAGGAGGUGCCUAAGGAGUCGAAGGUAGAGUUAGAGACGUGGGACCCAGCGCCGGGAACUCCGAAGGUAGAUUGGAGGGAUGGGAAAGGGAUUGCCGGGGGAUGGGAGUGUGUGGUCAAUAGCGAUUGCUCGUAUUUGACAGGUGGUGCUGAGAGGGGAUGGUCUUUAGCUGAAGCACAGACGUUUGUCUAG